AGUGUACCAAACAUUCCCUAUAUUGCGAUAACAAUCAUAUAAAUACUUAUUAUGUUCUAUGCUUGGUGUAACCAGGUCCCAUCUACCUUCCUUGGAAUUGUAAGCAUCCACACCUUUGUAGCUCACCAGGUGCAAUUUUCCGUCAAACCUUACGAUUUUGUAGUGAAAGUCGUGUUUUGUCUCGCUGCAAGGGACAGACAAAGGAUCCCAAGUUUGUGUAUUUGUGUCAAACACUUGGAACGUCAUGGAGUCGCCAUCUUUGCAUCUUCCUGAUACAUAUAUCUUUUCAUCAAGAACGCAAGCAGUACAUGACAUUAGCUUCACCCGCAACCUAGGGCCCUCGUGCCACGUGUUAGACGUGCAAUACAGAAUCUAGACGCUAGAGGAAGGCAAUUCAUAUCCGCCAAUGUUGUAGAUACUAGAACAAACCGACACAAUGCUCGAAGAAGAUGACUCAAGAGGAGUAUGUGGAAAUGGGACUGUAGCCAAAACAUACCCACUUGACUUUAGGGUUCCAGUAUGUUUACGGAAAAGAGUAAACCACCUCGGUUUCUCAUCUUAAGGAUUUAACUUUAAGCACACAUAGAGACAACUCUCCGUGCGGUCCAAGAGUGAUCGGGUCUUGUAAAGCUCCGGUGAAGCUAUGAGAGAUCGAAAGCUCUUGGAGACGAGGGAGAGAGCCGGAUAAUACAAUCUUGAGACCCGUGCGACGCAGCUCAAUAUCAAAUCAUCGGGAAGUGACGGAUUAGGGUUCGUUUGCGACUGCAUCGUGUACCGCUUCUUCUCCAACUUUGCAGAGAACUUCAAGGAUCGGUCUUUAUAAAGAAAUUUCCAAAACCGGCUCACGUCUUUGCUUAAGGAAAAACCGGUUCAACUUUCCAUAGUCAAUAGAAUCCGAACCGCCAAUUGAUUUUGAUUGUUGACCGGGUUUAGUAGACCGAAUUUAGAAUAGGUGAACCGUGGCCAGAAUUUUGGCGGCCGAUACACUUCUUUACCUCAGCCUCACAUUACUACUCUCACAAAAGAUACACAGAGAGAGAAGAGAAGAGGAAGAAAAUGGGAUCUAUAACGGUAGCUCCGGGAACCACCGUCUUAUUCUCCAGUCGGCGGCUAGAUCUUUGCGGUCGUCGCCAUGAGAAUCUAUCCGUCGUUUCGUCCUCACAACCGUCUCUGAUGCCAAAGCAGAGAUGGCUUUAUAUUCCCGAGACGAGGUUGAAAAGAGAGGUUUUAAAGCUCGAUGUCGUCGGAAGAGCUGCUGAUUCCACGAGCUCUUCUCCAUCAGUAGCUUCCGGUGAUAGAACCUUAAUUCCUGAUGAUGAAUUCACUUUAGCCAAGAUUUCAUUUGGUGUUAUUGGGCUAGGUCUCGGGGUUUCGCUACUCUCGUAUGGUUUUGGGGCCUAUUUUACUAUCCUUCCUGGAACUGAGUGGUCUGCUAUAAUGCUAACAUAUGGAUUUCCCCUUUCUAUUAUCGGAAUGGCUCUUAAGUACGCAGAACUCAAACCAGUUCCUUGCUUGAGCUAUUCGGAUGCGGUGAAGCUUAGAGAAAGCUGUGCUACUCCUAUUUUAACGCAGGUUAGAAAUGAUGUCACGAGAUACCGUUAUGGAGAUGAACAACAUUUGGAAGAAGCACUAAAACGAAUCUUUCAAUAUGGGCUGGGAGGAGGAAUCCCGAGACGUAGUGCACCUAUCUUACAGCUGAUAAGGGAAGAGGUCCUGACCGAUGGUCGGUACUGUGUGGUCCUUGUAUUUGAGGCCAAAGCUCUGACGUUGUCAGAUUUUGAAAAAAGACAGGCGAAAUUCACUUCCUUCUUUGGACCAAACAUCACGGCAGAAGUCGGUAAAGGAGAAAGUGAGAAUCUCUAUGAAGUAAGACUGAUUUCCAACCUCUCCACCAACUCUGUAUCUUCUACCUCUUGAACAUAGACAAUCAUGUAUACGGCGACGUUUUCAGUCAAUGUUAUUUUGGUCUUGUAAAUCAAUUCUAUAUAAUUAUCCUAUGUAUAAAAAGUUCAUACUAUUUACAGAAAUGGGAAUUGGAACUAGCCUUGUCGAAUGGUAAUACGGUCGGAAGGGGACAAGCUACGAUUGCAACG